GUUAGGCACUCCCUGUCAAACUGUCAAAAAAAUAUACAAAUAUUUUGAUUUUUUAUAAUGUUUUUUACCAUUACUAGUUAAUCUUGCAUUGUACAUUUUAUAUACGAAAAUGAGUCGUAAGGCAGGCAGCCUCGAGUUACUGGACAUGGAUCCGAACCAUUUUAAUAAUAAGGAAAAUUACAGGUCAGAAACAAAGAGCCUUAAUAGCAAAGGACAAGAUUCUACCAACUGGGGCAAAACAUCUCCGAGCAAAAGUUACUGCUCGUCAAGUUCAACUUCAACAGAGAAUGUUGUGUCUACAUUGGAAAGAAAGAAGGCCCAAGCUGCUGCAGAACAAGGCACUCUAAACCGACCCGAUGAUCUUCCUUUACUACCUGGUGAAAAAGUCACAGGACAAGCCAGAGAUGUAACUUAUUUAUGCCCCUUUCAAGGUCCUGCUAGGGGUGUCCUCACUGUUACAAAUUAUAAACUGUACUUUAGGUCAGCUGAUAAAGACUUGUCUAAUGUAAUUGAAGUCCCUCUUGGAGUUAUCUCCCGGAUAGAAAAAGUAGGUGGAGCAUCAUCAAGGGGAGAAAACGCCUAUGGCAUUGAAAUAUUUUGUAAAGAUAUGAGAAACUUGAGGUUCGCACACAAGCAGGAGAACCAUUCCAGGCGAACCGUAUUCGAAAAGUUACAAACUUUCGCUUUUCCGUUAAGUUUUAAUUUGAAACUCUUCGGGUUUGCUUAUCAAGAAGCUUUCAGCGAAAAUGGCUGGGCUGUUUAUGAGCCAAUUGCCGAACUUAAACGGUUGGGAGUUAAUAACGAUAUGUGGAAAAUUACGAAAAUUAAUGAAAACUAUACAAUUUGUGAUAGUUACCCUGCCGUAUGGGCCAUUCCGGCCCAAGCUACCGAUGAAGAUAUUCAAGCAGUUUGCAACUUUAGAAGCAGAGGAAGAUUACCAGUUUUAAGUUGGAUACAUCCAGAAUCGCAGGCCACAAUUACAAGGUGUGCCCAACCUUUAGUGGGGGUUGGUGGCAAAAGGUGUCGAGAAGAUGAACAUUACAUUCAGCUAAUUAUGGAUGCUAAUGUACAGAGUCACAAAAUGAUUAUUAUGGAUGCCAGACCAACUGCAAACGCUAUUGCUAAUAAAGCUAAAGGAGGAGGUUAUGAGUCAGAAGAUGCCUAUCAAAAUGCCGAACUAGUCUUUCUGGAUAUCCAUAACAUUCACGUAAUGCGAGAAUCCUUAAGGAAACUAAAAGAAUUAUGUUACCCAAGCAUUGACGAAACGAAAUGGUUAAGCGGGGUAGAAUCAACUUACUGGUUGAAGUAUAUAAAAUGUAUUUUAGCUGGAGCAGUCAGGAUUGUCGACAAGGUUGAAAACCACAAAACAUCAGUUUUGGUCCACUGCUCAGAUGGAUGGGAUAGGACCGCUCAGCUUACGGCACUAUCAAUGUUAAUGUUGGACCCAUAUUAUCGUACUAUUAAAGGAUUCGAGGUAUUAAUUGAAAAGGAGUGGUUGUCUUUUGGGCACAAAUUUCAACAGAGGGUUGGUCAUGGCGAAGACCAUCACAGUGACGCAGAUCGUUCUCCCGUUUUCCUUCAGUUCAUAGACUGCGUGUGGCAAGUCACCCAACAGUUUCCCAACGCCUUCGAAUUCAACGAGCAUUUUUUGAUCACCAUUUUAGAUCACUUAUACUCCUGUCGGUUCGGCACCUUUUUAUUCAACAGCGAACGAGAACGGGUAUUGGAAAAAAUUAAAGACCUUACCGUGUCCCUUUGGUCAUACACGAACAGCAAUAUGGAGUUAUAUAGGAAUCCGCUCUAUUGGGCUACGAGUAAACAGGAAAGGGUACUGGUUCCCAUCGCUAGUGUGAGGCAUAUUAAGUUAUGGAAAGCUUAUUACUGCAGAUGGAAUCCUACUAUGAGAACCCAGGAUCCGGUUUAUCAAAGAAUAAGGGAGCUACUGGUACUAAAAGAACAACUUGAGAAUACUGCUCAAGAGUAUAGGAAGGAACAACAGCAACGAAUGACCAGAAGUAAUGCCAGUCCCACGUGAUUACUUAAAAUGUGAAUUGAAAUUGCAUUUUUUUCUAAAUUAAGGCGGCACAUUCUAUAAAUUUUACUGCCCAAUCCGUUUUGUAUACUGUUUUAUAAAUAAUAUCUAUCCCACACCACUAGUCCUGCUUUUUAAGGUCCUUAUCAAUAAGUUUAAUAACAUGUUUUGUUUUUUUUUUAAGGUGUUAACCUUUUUUGUAAGCUUAACCUAAGAAGAUUAAAGUAUUAUGUUGAACAA